AUGAUGUGUGGUGGUGGUGGUAAUAGUAGUCGUGGCGAUUGUGGUGAUGACGUUGGUGAUGGUGGUGGUAAUGGUGGUGGCGGUGGUGGUGGUGGUGGUGAUGAUGAUGAUGAUGGUGGUAGUGAUAAUGGUUGUGGUAGUGAUAGUGAUAAUAGUGGUGGUAGCAGUGGUAAUGGUAAUGGUAGUGGUAGUGGUAGUCGUAGUGGUUAG